AUGGAUGAAUGCUUUGUGAGUGGAGAACAACUUUUUUCAGAACAUUUAUUUGGCGGUGUGGAGACCAUGCUUCUCAUUGUCAUGGCCUAUGAUCGCUAUGUGACCAUCUGCAAGCCCCUGCACUACAUGACCAUCAUGAGACCUCGGGUGUGUCGCCUGCUGCUGGGGGGGGCCUGGGUGGGAGGAGCCAUGCAUGCCACCAUACAGCUCCUCUUCAUGUACCAAAUGCCCUUCUGUGGUCCCAAUGUCAUAGAUCACUUUGUAUGUGAUUUGAUUCCAUUGUUGGCUCUGGCCUGCCUAGACACUCACUUACUGGGUCUUUUAGUUGUCUUCAACAGUGGGGUGAUGUGCAUGGCUAUCUUCCUCAUCCUCAUUACUUCCUACACAGUCAUCCUCUGCUCUCUGAAGUCUUACAACCCUGAGGCGAGGCGCAAAGCUCUCUCCACCUGUGGUUCCCAUCUCACAGUGGUGGUCUUGUUCUUUGUGCCCUGCAUAUUCUUAUAUGUGAGACCUGUAGUCCUUUAUCCAGUAGACAAAGCCAUAGCUUUAUCCUUCACCAUUGUCACACCCAUGUUAAAUCCUUUGAUCUAUACUUUGAGGAACACAGAGGUGAAAAAUGCCAUGAGGAAACUGUGGCAGAAACAAGGGACCCUGGGAAAUCACUAG